CUCCUCAUUUUAGCAUCCAAGAAGAAAGGCUUACAUGCUUAAAAUCUGCUUAAUAUUUCUCAGUUUUAAUUUAACAAAAUAUUUACAUCAUGUGCACAGGAAAGUGCUCCCAGUUUAUUGGCAUCAGCCUUUAUCCACUGGCACUGCUGUCCAUCAUCUGCAACAUUUUUCUGUUCUUCCCUGAUUUUCAAACCAUUUAUUCCAAGGAGGAAACAGAGGGACUCUACCGUCUUACGGAUGAGGUCAAAUACAUGGGAGGCGUUGUUGGAGGAGGCAUCAUGGUGUUGAUCCCUGCGAUCCACAUUCAUAGCACUGGGAGACAAGGCUGUUGUGCAAACCGCUGUGGGAUGUUCCUGUCCAUUAUCUUCGCUGCAGUUGGUGUGGUUGGUGCCCUGUACAGUGGCACUAUAGCUGUGGUUGGACUGAUUCGUGGACCAGUUUGCAGUGUUGAAGACGGUACAUGGAGCAGACCAUUCCUAAACAGCACUACAAGCUAUUUGGGAGACUCUGACCUUUGGGACAUUUGCAAAGAACCAGAAAAUAUUGUGGAGUUUAAUAUUGGCCUGUUUUCUGCUCUGCUGGUGGCUGCUUGUUUAGAACUGCUGCUCUGUAUAUUCCAGGUGCUUAACGGCCUCUUUGGCUGCAUCUGUGGUACAUGCAGUCACAAAGAGAUGGCGUAACUUCAAAAUGACAACAGACCGGAUAAUACAGGAUCAAGAUUUAUUACCAGACGUUUAUCAGUCUUCAUUACUGAUUGGUGACCUUUAGCAAAUGUAGGAGUGUACAGUAAUAAACAAGAAAGGACCGUACUUUAAACGUAUUUCACUGGCUAUAUGUUGUCUAUUAAAACAUUAUUUACAGAUUGAAUAACAGAAAAAAUGUGUCAGGACAACCUUCCUGGUAAUUUCCCCCCCAAAAUAAAAAAUAAAUAAAAUAAUGAAUAAAAUUGGUCAAUUUUUUGUAUAAAUGUAAUUAUGUUAGUUUCAUUUUUUUCUUAUAUUAUGUUGUGAAAUAUCUAGCAAUAUCCAGAUGUUAUGUUAAUGUUAUGUUAAUAUGAAUGUAUUCAUGUUAUCAUUGCAAAAUAUAAUAAAAUUAUGUUCUUUAAACAUUAUCUUCAACAGGUUUCAAGUUUACUUUUGUUGCUUAAUUACAUCUGUGCAUGUGUAUCUAGAGUAAUAGCACAUUCAACCAAUUUUAUGUCAGGCAGAACUUUUUUUGACUGUGAUCUAAAUGUAUCCAGAUAUGUAAAGCAUUUUACUCUUAAAAAAGGAUUUAGCUGUUGUAGAUGGUUGUAGUGGCUGAAAUAAAACUCAUAAAACUA